AUGACCCAGUUCGGCGACUUUGCGCCUCUCUGCCACACCGUGCCCUCCUACCCCUGGUGCAAUCUCUUCUAUCGCCAGAUCGUACACGCCAAUGCGUCUUUCCUCGCCAAUGCAUCCGCGAACGCGACAGAGGCCCCCGUGGGUGUCAACCCCCAGUGCGGCAUCCUCCGCGUCGGCGCCGACGGUUCCAUCGGCAACGUCGCCAACAUCGUCGUCUGCGGCGUCAGCAUCCUCUUCACCGCCCUCUUGAUCGUAUGGACGAGCAGGAGACGGGCCGCUGUCGGCCGCGUCGAGCUCCGCCAGUUCCUCGUGCUUUACCUACUCACCCUCCCCUUCCAGCUCGUCACUACCGGCGCGUUCCUUGAGCAGGGCUCCACCGCGCUGACGGCCGUGACGGCGGUGCAUGCGGGCCUGGUCGCGGCGACGUUCUGGGCGCUGCUUGGGAAUGCGAUCGUCAGCACGCAGGUGGUGGAGGAUGGGACGCUCAGUUCGUUGAUCCCCUUCAACUUCUUCCUCCUCGCGUUCUUUGCGGUGACGACGUACAUCGCACUCGACGUCGGGUUCUCACUCACACACGUCUUUGGUCCGAGCAACCCGUUGAGCAGCGAGAGUAGUGUUCCGCUUUUUGUUCUGACUAGCAUCUGGCCUGGCGCCGCCACGAUCAUUUACUUCUUGACCAUGAUCUAUGUCGUGCUGGCCAUGCUGAACGAGGUCCGCCCGGUGUGGUACUUCGUGCUCGCCAUGGUCAUCUUUGUCCUCAGUCAACUAGACUAUUUCUUGUUGAGCAAGGUUAUUUGUAAGGGAACGUCGGCGAAAGUCGACGGCUCAUUCGUGGCGACGAUCCUUGAGACGGCCGCGGUCGGCGUUCUAUAUCUUGCAUGGAGAAGCAUCACAGAAGAAACAUGGGACGAUGAUGUGUACUACCCGCGGUAA